AUGCGUAUUUCGGCAUGGAUUGUGAUCCUUCGCCUAAGCAUCUGUCUGCAAAUUGCCGACGUUGACGCUGCUUUGGGCGCUGUACACGACCCUCCGCUCUACGACAGCAAGAUAUCGGACCAGGAAACCCUCGCCGGUCUAUGUCCCGACUACACAAGCUACGCCCGUCAUAAUCAUAAACCCUUGAGCACCAGCCCGUUACAACUUCCGUUCCAGAGACCGCAUUCUCAAUGUCGCAAAUUCACCUCGCCGGCGGUGGAGCAAGUCAUUGAAGACCUCUAUCCUCGAAUAAAAGAUCCAGACCUGGCACACAUAUUCCGCAAUGCCUUUCCCAACACCCUAGACACAACUGUUCUGUGGCAUGUUGACGGAGUUACAACGCAUGCAUCCCCGUCGCAGCUAGCAAGAGACAAGGACAAGUGGCAAGGCGCGCAGACGUUUAUUGUCACCGGCGACAUAAAUGCAGAGUGGCUACGAGACUCGACCAACCAAUUGGCACAAUAUCAGCCCCUUGCCAGGUCUGCCCCGGACAUUUCGAACCUCCUCCUGGGCGCCAUCAACACGCAGGCUGAAUUUGUGAUCUCUUCUCCUUAUUGCAAUGCUUUUCAACCUCCUGACCCGUCACAUCUCCCGCCUGUCCACUCGGGUCAAGAUGACUUUGUUCAUCCUACCUACGAACCCAGUGUUGUAUUCGAAUGCAAGUAUGAGCUCGACAGCCUGGCGGCCUUCCUCUCUCUGACCAACCAAUAUUUCGAUUCGACGGGCUCGACAGCAUACUUAACGGACCGCUGGUUCAAGGCCGUGGAGGCACUUAUUCGUGUUCUUGACACUCAGGCAAAACCGACCUUCAAUGCUGAGGACGGGUGGUAUGACAAGAACCAAUAUACAUUUACCAGAUGGACGCGACUCGGCACGGAGACUCUCAAUCUGGAGGGAAUUGGGAAUCCACUGGCAGGAGGGACAGGCCUCAUCCGCUCGGCGUUCCGACCCUCAGACGAUGCCACUAUAUUCGGCUUUCUCAUCCCCGCCAAUGCCAUGAUGUCUGCGCAGUUACGGCGCACAGCCGAGAUGCUGAAGGCCGCUGCGGGGGUUUGGUCGGCUCCCAACGAAGCGAAAUGGAUGACUCGUGUUGCCGAGGAUCUCCACAGCCGCGCCGAUAAGAUCAGAGCCGGCAUCUAUAAGCACGCCGUUGUCAAGCACCCGGAGUUCGGCGAGGUGUUCGCUUACGAGGUGGACGGCUACGGCUCGCAUCUGCUGAUGGACGACGCUAACGUGCCAUCACUGCUGUCCCUUCCACUUUUCGGCUUCGUUGAUGCUUCGGACCCCAUCUACCAGAACACCCGCCGCAUGGUCCUCUCGCGGCACGGCAACCCAUACUACCUCUCGGGAUCCAAGUUCCAAGGUAUUGGCGGGCCUCAUAUUGGUUUACGCAACGCUUGGCCCAUGUCUGUACUCGUGCAGGCCAUGACCAGCAACUCCGACACCGAGAUCAUGGAGUGUCUUGACCGCGUCAAGAACGUAAGCGUCUUCGGCCUUAUCAAUGAGAGCGUCGACGUCCAUCGCGGCGUGCGGCCCGGUGGCGAGGGCAUGACCCGCAGCUGGUUCGCGUGGGCCAACAGUGUCUUUGCUCAGACCAUUCUGUGGCUGGUGGAGGAGAAGCCCGAGUUGAUCCUCAACCACGAUGGCAGCGGGAAAAUGAGGUAUAAGUUCGGAAAGGGCUGGGUCGACUAA